AUGUCUUCUAUUGACAAAAAGUCUGUAUUGAAAAAGGAACGCAAAAGCAGACGGACUCAUAAAAACUCCAGAGAUGGCUGUCCCAACUGCAAAGCAAAGCGUAUCAAGUGUUCGGAAGACCUACCAGCAUGUCAAAAUUGUAUCAAAAAAGAGUACCGUUGUGGUUACUUGGAUUUCCCACCAGAACGAUUGGAGCAAAUUCGCCUCAAAAACGAAAGAAAAAAACAAGGCCGAGCUUUCCAUGAUGAUAUGCUGGCCCACGAUAUAAUGCAUUCUCGAGAAACGAAUAAUGCUUCGGAUAAGUCUGAACUGGCUAGCACAAACCAUUUUUUCAAAAAGAAAGAUUCUUUAAGAUACCAAUUAUAUCGAGAUUCCUUUGUGCGGGUGGUCAAUUCCAACGACGACUCGGGGCAGUUUAUCCAGCAACCAACAGCCGACGAGUUUGAGGGCUCGAAAGCUGGGUUUUUCGGCGAAGACUUUCUUGACCGACGAAACUCGCAUGAUCUCUCGUUCCCAUUGAUUACGCCAGGAGACCCGAAACCAUUGCCAGAGGCAUACAUUCAAAAGCGGCUGUUCAAGUUGAUGGCUCGGGAGGAACGACUCAAAAACACCUUCAUUUCCCUUCUUUACAAAAAGUGUGGAGGCGACCUAAAGCGGAUGAUAAACGACAAAUUCAUGUUUUCUUAUGCUCCAGUAUGGAACGCACUGCAAUCCGCUGCAUUCUGGGCUAGUAUUUAUAACCAGGCAGUCAUCCUUGAUGUCUAUUUUUCAUUUUUUGUCGACAGAUCGCUCAACAUUCUUCUCAAAUCUUGCAAUGAUUAUUUGAGCAUGGGGGGCGAUUCUCCAAGCUCCACUUCCACUUCACCAUACAAUGACUCUCCCACGUCUUCUGUGGCAUCGAAUUCAGAUGCCUGUUACAAUUAUGAAGACUUGGCCGUGUUGACGAAAAAGUCGUAUAUGAUUUAUGGAGAGUUGAUCAGAAACUUGCGUGAAUCGCUUUCGCGGAUCCAUAUAGAAUAUCUGGCCAAAAUCUCGCUUUUCGCAGGAUGGUCGUCGUUCCUUCAUGUUCAUGCGUCUAUGGAAACGGUGAGCUUGAUUUAUACCGGCACUGCUUCGUUACUUUCCAAAAUUUGCAACGAUGCACAAUCGACCGCUGAUAUCACCCCCACUAUACGAGUAGUUUUGGAUCUCGUGAAUCUUCAUCUGAGCUUCUGUUUGGUUCCUGAUUAUCGCUUUAGCGUGAUGAAUGAAAUUUUCAACGACCUCGAACAAUUUAUGGACCAGUUUGGAAUAUCUGAAGGACCAGGAAACGAUAGAGACCCUAUUUGCGACCGAGUAACUGCAUACCGCUUGAUUGGGUUACAUGGAUUUUUGAAAAAACUAAUCAACGAAUGCUAUCCCAACAUUCAGCAAAUCAACCAAACCAGAAAUGAAGGUACGCACAAUAUUCAUUUCGUCCAAACCAACAGUCUUUGUGAAUUGAUAGUACGCUGGUUCCGUAUCUUUCCCUCCGAAGUCAUGGGACUCAGUGCAAAAUGUGGUUUUAUGACAAAGAUGUUUUGCUUGUUCUACACAGCUACUGGUAAAGCAUUGCAAAAUGUUCUCUCUCCAAUUCGGUCCAUCUGGAUGAUCGAUAUGUGCAACAUUAUAUGUGCACGUUCCGACAUGGAUCCCUCGUUAUAUGCAUUCAAGUACCCGUCCAAUAUGGGUGAAUCCCAGAUCAUUGCCUUGACUCGAAUCCAGGCCAGACUCAUGCGAAUCAACAGUUUUUUCACCUACCGCACCAUGUUCUAUUCGCAUCUUCUUUCAACCACCACUGUUCUCGAUCAAAAAUUCACCCAGCCUGUUCUAAGUAACACAUCAGUUCCUACCGGGAUACUCGAAAUUAUUCCGUCAAAGAUGGAUAUAGAAGAACAAUUUGUGAGCCUGUUUGAUGUGGACACAAUCAUCAACUAUGAUAAUUAUCCUCGUCUUCCAUUUUUCGCAUACGACCAAGGAUACCAGCAAGUGAUCCACCAAAGCCAACUUACCCAAACAAAUUCAAUGCACAAGCCUCCUCAAAUAAACUUUUCACUGGGUUUGGGAAUGUACGAUUUUGAUCCAAGAGACCUCAUCCAACGAUUUGCUUUACGCCAAGAAAAAGUUUGGAGAUUAUCCACACCGUCCAUUGAGGAGUGGCGCAAGCGCAUGUAUUGCAUUGAGAUGUCACGAAGAGAAAUAGCCACUUCUGGUGCUUGA